GACAUGGACGAACUAGAUGAAUUUCUAUUCGGAGAGUCGGCCACAGCUGAUGUGCAGAAGCAACCCCAGCAGAGCUUGGUUGAGCCAGUCAGUGAAGAAGAAGACGACGUUCCUUAUGAGCCCCCAGAGGAUGACGAAGUAUAUGAUAUCGGUGCGAACUCAAGCGCAGAGACGAGGGUUCGGAAUGUGGGGGAAGAAGACGAAUACGAGGAUGACGAUAGCGACGAUGAUAUAGAAAUCGUCCUCGAUACCGCGGCUCCCAGCUCCAGCACACCGGCCAGUACAGUGCCAGCUCCACCGGCGCAAGUAAACCAGGUGAAUGGCACAACCGUAGAAAAGCCAAGUCCUAUUACACGAUCCGCCGUAAGGGUCGUUGGUCUGCCAAUACCCCGACAAGACGGCACCGUCGCACCACCAGCCCCACCUCCAGUUGUUGUCAAAGCAGUUGUUGAUAUUGAUGCUGUUGGCCAAUUCGAGGGCCAGGAUAUAUUUGAUGUGGACAUCGAUGCGUUUGAGGAUAAGCCCUGGAGAAAGCCAGGUGCAGAUAUUACCGACUAUUUCAAUUACGGAUUCAAUGAACAAACGUGGAAAGCCUAUUGUGCAAAACAGAAGGGUACCAGGGAAGACCAAACGCAGCAGGGAUCAGCCGCAAGACAACAGAACACAGUUGAGUACACCGCCGACAUGCAAGCGUUCAUGCCACCGUACCACCCGGGAGUGCAUCGACCCGGCCAAGAGUUGCGACCAGGAAAGCGGAUGAGGGAGGACGAGGAAGUGAUUGAAAUCACACCAAUUGAACCAGGAUUGGAUAGACCAGUGCCAGAUGGCAUACGUGACAUGCGGUAUCAUGGGAACGGAUAUGGCGCUCCAGAUUUCAAUGGGCCGCCACCUAUGGGAAUGUUUGGGGGACCGGAUCCGUACGGACAUAUGCCCCCACCGUUUAUGCCUCCUGACGUCAUGCCAGGAGCGGGAUAUGAUCCAUUCGGACCAAGAGGUCCGAUGCCUGGUAGGCCCAGCGGCCGAAGCGGCAUGCGGGGCGAUAGACCUUAUUUUCCUAUGGAACCUGGCAUGCAUCCUCGGUUCGGGCGAGGACCAUAUGAGCAGAGAGGACCAUAUAAAGAUGGCGGUCGACAUUACUCAGACAGACGUCCAUCAUCGCCACACACCGACAGAGAUCCCGGAUAGGGUCAUGUGUACAAAAUUCUAGCAAGCAUCAACCAAAUAAUCACAACUCGAUGUGCAUUACGUCCAUGCAUCUAUUACACAAAAAUAUGUACAAAUGCCAAAAUGAUUGAAUUCAGACCGCAGUUUGCGCGUGGCUGAUCGCGUGGUCGGG